AUGCCGCGAUUUAGUGCCUCGGAGAGCUUCGCCUUCUCCGAGUGGCGGCCCACCGAAGCUGCCGCCGACAAGCUCGAGGCUGCCGCCGCGGACAAGGCCAGCGCUGCACCACCGUGCGGAGGCGUGGUGCCGCCAGAGCUCCUUCAGAUGGGCGAGGCGGUCGCGGAGGCCUUGGGCCUGUACGCGCGGCUGGCUGCCGAGCGGCACGUCGGCGUCUGCUCACAUGUCCUUUCCCAGGCCUCGGCGCUGCUAUCAGAGAGGCCUGAACCGGCGCCGACGAGUCCAGCCUCUCUGCUCGACGCCCUGGUGGCGGAGCACGAGCGCGAGCUGCGCGACAAGGACGCGUACCACACGCGCUACGAGGAAUGUGCGGAGGAGCAGCGGCGAGCGCUCGUCAGCCGCGUGCUUGCGGUGGAGGAGAAGCAGGCCGCGAGCGACGCCACCGCAGCAGCCCUCCAACAGGCAAACGAGUCGAUCGCGCAGCUGCAGUCGCACGGCGAACGCCUGGCCGCAGACCUGAGUGCCGAGACGGAGCGGCGCGCGUCCGCUGCUGAAGAGGCACGGGCCCACGGCGCAACCAUCGAGGCGCUACGAGCGCAGCUCCACGAGUCCCGGCUGUCGAUGUCGGCCGGCGCGGCAUUGCUGAGCUCUCUCCAGGCUGAGGUGGCAUCGCUCCGGGCCAGCCGACGCCGAGGGGAGCUCGAGACGUCGAUCGUCGCGUCCGAACUCGAGGCGAUCGAGGAAGCCUCGCGAUCCGCUUGUAUGGCGAGGUCGUCGCUGGGGACGGGUGGAGGCUCCUCAGUGGUCGCCGUCGCGAUGGCGUCCGCAGACGCUGGGGCCAAAGAGGCCCGUGGCUUCAACGGUGCCAGUGACUCCGAUGCCACGCGCCUCUCUGCAUCGUCUGACGAGGAGUGCAGGGCCGCCGACGAUUGCGCGACGGACAAGCCAGGCGCAGGCUGCCCGGUCCCUGUUCCGGUCGGCGCCGCCAGCCCUUCCGCCAAUGCCGCCAGCACGGCCAUUGCAACCGGCGGCGACGGCGUCGGCGUUGCCACGCGGCGUGCCCCCUCGAGCGCGUACGCCACGCCUCACGCGGCCAGCUCCCACACCGCCUCGCGCUUGCUCGCUGCCGGUGGCGACGGCGCAAAGACGCGGCUGCCGGAGGCCGCGAGCGCCUUUGAGUUCACCAACGGGCCCCAGCCCAGCGCACUCCACGAGCCGGUGGCCUCGAGCGCUGUCUCUGCCCCCGCACCGCCGCCGCUGGAGCUGGCUGUCGCGCUCUUUGGCCUCGACGACGCUCUCGCGACGUUGAUCAACCCUCCGGCGCGCAUGGCCAUGGCCGGCGCGCUGCCGGCGGCUGCAACGCCCUCGCCCGGCCAGCAGGCGCGGGUCCCCCAAAACAAGAAGAAGCGGCGGCGCGCCGGCCACGCCGUCUCUGCGCGGUCUGCACUCGGCCCCGUGCGCAAGCUCGACCUCUUCGCUGAGGACGACUGA